GGUGCACAAGUGCUUGGCUCCUAUCUAAAAAAUGCACGCAGGGUAUUUUGAUUCUCAUUAUGCAAGUCUGGACGAUGAGAGCGUGAAAGAACUACAAACCGAAAUUCACACAAAAGUUUUUAUGACAUACUUGAGAAUGAGUACCUAUAAGGAGUCAUCUGAGGCACAUAUUACACCUUCAGCAUUUGGUGAUAUAAUCUAUGAAAACUACCUGUUUGAUAUUCCAAAGCUGAUGGACAUUUGUGUGCUGUAUGGAAAGGGAAAUGAACAGUUACUGAGAAAGAUGCUUCAAAAUAUUUUUGGCCAGCAGCCUAAGUACAUGGAUGACCUGGAGGAGGCAAUUCCUACAAUUAUGGAGGUACUUGAUAAUAUUCAGAAAAGAUUGAUAGAAGAGAAAGCAUUGACGCCACAGCGACUGGACACUGAGUUCAUGACACCACUGUCCCCACAUGAUAUAGCUGACCUUGUUGUCUAUGUCACAGACAUAAGUGUCACAUUGCAUUGGUUUCUGGAGAUGUAUCCUCCAGCGUCAACCUCAUUUCUGCAUGGACUUGUACCUAUAAAAGUAGCAGUUUUCUGUGAUAAUGUGAUCCCAGGUCUCAAGAAAGAUAUAAAACGUUGUUCAGGAAUGGCAUCAUUCUCCGCAGACGAGCUUAAGAGACUACUAUCAUUCGCACGACUGAGUUUUGUGAAAUUUUUCCGCAAGCUUGUUUUCUUCAGCUGUUUAAAGCCAUGUCUAGAAAACAGACCAGAAGCAGGAGCAUCAUGGGCUGAAAGCUUUCUGCAAGUAAUAGCAUCCUGCGUAACUGAACGGAAGUUCAUUAGUGAUUACGAUCGCAUAUUUUCAUUCGUUGAGGACAUUGAGCUGUUAAAGCAAAAUGGAUGCUCACUAGACAUGACACGCAUUGCAUUCAUCUCUAAUGCAAUUGUUGAAGUCAACAGCCUUCUCGGGAGACAGGAAAACAGAGGUGCAGCAGCAUCCUCGUUAUCCACACAAUCUUUGAACAUGGAGGCUGAAGUACCUGCCACAGCUGCAUGUGUUAAUGGUGCUGAUAAUAUGCCCACGUCCCAGGAGGGUGAGGACUAUGACAGUUUAGAUGAAGGAGCGUGUGCGGGACCAAAAUUGUCUGGAGUUGAGCUGGAGUCUCUUAUCUCCAGUGUGAAGGACCUGCUCCCCGAUCUUGGUGAUGGAUUUAUAAUCGAAUGUCUGGAGUACUAUAACUACGAUGUAGAACAGGUGAUUAACCAUCUGCUGUGUGACUCGCUACCUGAGGCUCUGCAGGGACUUGAUAGGGUUCUGCCAAGAAAGGCGAAGAAGAAAGCCACUGUCUUGUCUUCAAGGUUUAACGUUUUCGAUGGUGACGAGUUUGACGUGUUUACGCGUGACAAGAUAGAUAUGUCAAGAGUGCAUAUGGGCAAAAGAGAGGCGAAGGACACGACAGUCGUGCUGGAUGACAAGUCUCACGUGGAGAAGCUGAAGGAUUACAUCCGUGAGCGCUUCACCGUUGUCAGCGACGACGACGACGAUGAACAGGCGGACGUGUAUGACGACGAAUACGAUGACACGUACGACGCCAACCAGGUCGGCGCCGACGACGCAGACUCCGCCGAUGAGCUGCUCUCUCGCAGGCCUUUUGUAACUCCUCGUGUUUUCACACGCAACGAUGAAGUAAAUGAAGACGUUCAGACUCCACAACAGAAGCAAGAGUUGGAGGAGAAGGUGACCUGGCGACCAGGGGAGUUUGUUCCGUUUGUAACAGACCCUGCCCUUCUGCGGGAAAAGGCUGAACAGCGUCGCCAAGCCAUGCGAGCACGCGGAAGAGGCGGACCCCCUCCCUCCAGAGUUGAGGGCAAACCAAAGGGUCAAGGUCAAGACGGGUCAACAACACAUGCACGCCAGCGCAAGGAGCAACAUAAAGGAUCGAAGGCAAAUCACAAUAGAAAGGCUAUGGCAUCCAGAAAAAUGGCCAAAGGAAUGUUUUAGCACAUAAAUUACUAACCUCAUUUGCUCAUGUGGUCUAGUUGUGAUGAUUAUGUAAUGAAUUACUAACCUCAUUUGCUCAUGUGGUCUAGUUGUGAUGAUUAUGUAAUGCCAUUUUAUGCACAAGUGAUUACUCAAUCUAGCUGUUCAUGUCAUAAGCAGCCAAGGACAAUGUACAGGAUGUUCUUAGGCUACGUUCUAGUUGGGUACACGGUUUGUUAAUGUAUUUAUUCGCCGUUCUUAUUAAAUAUGCUCAUUAAAUAGAACAAUUAUAACAGUCACAGUCUCUGAUUACUUGAUCAGUCCUUGCACAACCUUCUUAAUGAAAUUUUAUUGAACAAGUCCGCAGAGCGACAGCGCUCAACUGACGUGUACUGUAGCCAGGUAUUCUUCUAAUAAACUGGAAACCAAAUCAAGUGCGCGCUCCUGCCACCGCGUUCGCGC